CUUUGGUCUUUGUUGUGCUCUUAUCAUUCGUCCCGGCAACGUAACACCUUCAUUUUGCCUUACUUAUAAUAUUGUCUCAUACGACGUCGUACCAUUCAUCUUCUUCCUUUGGCCUUUCUCUCUCCUACUUCACCCCAAUUUUACGAAACCAAAACACCGACGGAUCUACAGACAUUCAACACAGUCAAACACUCAACACUAUGAACUCCAUUUCUCUCUCUCAUCUCCUGAAUUGAAUCUGAGCUGUGUUUGAAGAUUAAUUAGGGUUGAAUGUGAUUAAGAAUGUCGGGUGAUGAGAAUAUUCCAGAAACAACAUCAGCAGCAGGGAUUGGUAAUGUUGUUGAGGAGGAUGAUGAUGAUAAUGUUGUCGGUGUUAAUUCCGAGUCAACUGUUAACCAGGAGAUGAGCUCAAGGGAAGCAAAUUAUGACAGUAAUAACAGUAAUGAUGAUGGGGUAAUAGUGAAUGCGGAUAACAAUGGAAGUGGUGGAGAUUCUGAUGGGGUGGUUGUGUCUGAGGAUGCUGGGAGGGAAGAUAUGUUUCUUGAUGCCCCCGAGGAUUUAGGGGCCGACGGAAAAGAUUCGUUGGCUCAAGAGAGUACGGAGUGGGAGGAAGACAGAGGUCAUGAGCCCCAGACUCGGUUUAGUGGGUUGGACAAUGAGAUGCAGAACGAUUACAUGGUGGAUGAGAUGGAGAGGCUUCGAGCUAUGCUAGAUAAGACUGUAAAUGAGAAAGAAAGCAUUGAGAGGGAACACAAGGAUGAGAUGGAGAUGGCUGCAAAAGGGGUUGCCAAUCUUCGAGAUCAGAUGAGGGAUUUAAUUAAUAAGCAGUUGCUGCUAAAUGAAAAUCAGUCUGGAUCUCAUGACCGGUUUCAUGCAGGUGUUGAGCAAACACCACUGCAUGAAUUGAUACAUGAAUGCUCCGUGUUUAUUAGGAGUGCUGUAGAAGAGUUUCAGGAUCUGAAUACAAAAUCAGCAGAAGCUUCUGUGUCGCGAGAAGUUGUCAAUUCUUAUAUGAAUUCGGUUCAAAAUGAGUCAGCAGAGGUUCAGUUUCAGAAGGAUCAGUACAUGGAGGAUGCUGCAAACAGAAUGCUGAGUUCUUUCGCAUCUGUUGUGUAUGUGGGGGAUUUAUUGGAUAGCUCUCUUGUAGGGAGGAUAGCUCACAUUGAGAAAAGUGUGUUUUCCUUGAUGGAAAACUACAACUGGUUCCUUUAUCAAGGUGAUCAGCUAAGGCAGUGUUUGGCGCAGUUGAGGCCUGAUCUUGCAGAGCAGACUGAUUAUGGGGUGAUUUUUGCUGCAACAAAUGAAGAGCUGCUUGGGUUCAGAAAGAAAGAAACAAAUUUUGUUGAGAAGAUGAGCCAUAUGGAAAGUGAAAACAGUAAACUGAUGGAGCAACUUGGCAUGAACAAGGCAAUUGCUGACACAGCGAAUGCAGAACUCGAGAAAUUAAAAGCUGAACUCGAACAAGAAAAACACAGAUAUUCUAAUACCAAAGAAAAGCUUUCCCUGGCUGUGACUAAAGGGAAGGCAUUGGUUCAGCAGAGGGACUCACUGAAACAAACAAUAGCAGAUAAAACAAGUGAACUUGAGAAAUGUCUCGUUGAAUUGAAGGAGAAGUCCAGUGCGUUAGAGGCUGCUGAAUUGAUCAAGGAGGAGUUGGUGAAAAGCCAAAUGUCAGGUGCAUCAUUGCAAGAUAUGCUAUUCCAGAAGGAUCGAAUGCUUGAAAAGUUAGAAGAUAUUAUACUUCAGAGUGGUAUACCGGAAAUAUCAACUUCAGAGGAUGUCUCUGAUCUUGAAUCUCGACUUGGUUGGCUUACCAAAUCAUUUUAUCAGGCAAACGCUGAAAUAGGAAAGUUGCAGGAUGAAAUUACAAGAACGAAUGAAUCACUUAAUGAGGCUGAGGCAGAAAUAGGUGCAUUGCAAGUGGAGAAUUCUAGAAUAAGGGACACGGCUGCCAGUGAGAUGGACCAGUUAGUUGCUUCACUUUCUACAGUUCUGGUGGAGAAGGAUUAUUUCAAAAUGGAGUUGGACAAUUCAAGCCAUAGAUAUGAAGCAAUUGUUCAAAGGGAGCAUCAAGCUGUAUCAGAAAAGGAACACAUGUUAAAGACUUUGCUGGAGGCUACUGGAGUCACAUUCGAUGAUGGGCAACCUUCAGAGGCAGGUGUGCUUGUAGAGCAAUGCCUUGCAACAAUGAAAGAACGGAGCAGUUCAACUCAUGAGUCAUCAGAGGUCAAAGAUGAUUUUUAUCAAAUCUUGCAGAAGCUCUUGUAUGUGAAGGACCAAGACUUGGCUCUGCAUGAGAAUUUGUUGGAAGAUGAGACCCAAAAGAUGAAAAUGGAGAUGGAUAAGUUGUUUAUGGAUUUAACAAAGGCUUCUGAGGAAAUAGCCACUCUUAAAGAAGAUAAUGAGAAGCUGCAGAAGGGUCUUGAACGUACUGAGGAGAAAUCUUCACUAAUACGGGAAAAAUUAUCAAUGGCAGUGAAAAAGGGAAAGGGACUGGUUCAAGAACGAGAGGGCCUGAAGCAACUUAUUGAUGAGAAGAGUUUAGAAAUCGAAAAGUUAAAGCUUGAACUAGAGCAGAGAGAGGUAGCAAUUAGUAACUACGAGAAUGAGACUAGUAGUCUAUCUGCACAGGUGCAGGACAUUGCAAAAUUGGAGAAAGAUAUUCUUGCCCUAAAUGAUCAGCGGAAUCAACUAGAAACGGAUCUCUCAGUAAGCAACAAGUCGUUGAAUGCGCUGACAGAAUCAGUUAGUAACAUCUCUUUACCCGCAGAUUCAAGUUUUGAAGAGCCUGUUGAAAAGUUAAGAUGGCUUGCUGGGUACUUCAGUGAGUGCGAAGCUGUUAAAGAACAUGUUCAGCAACAGUUGGAGAACGCAGUGCUUGAAGUUGACACUUUGAGUACCAAGGUCUCAGAAGCACAGUCAAUUAUCAAGUCUCUUGAAGAUGCACUGGUAGUUGCAGAAGAGAAAAUUUCUCAACUUGCUGAAGAGAAGGCCGAGCUCGAAGUUGGCCGAACGUCUGCUCAAGAACAAUUGGAAAGAGCAAUGCUGGAGGCACAUUUGUUUGCUGAAGCUGAUGCAGCUAAAAUAGUGCUGGAAAAUGCUCUUACAGUGGCAGAAACCAAUAUCUCCAGGCUUGGUAAGGAGAAGGAAGAAGCCGAAUCUAGUAGAAUUAUUGCAGAGGCUGAAUUAGAUAAAGCAAGAUCUGAAAUUACUGAUCUCACCAGCAAAUUGUCGAAUGCUACCACAACUCUGAAAACUCUCGAAGAUACAGUGCCUCAUUUAGAAACCAGAAUUUCUGUGUUAACUGAUGAGAACAAUGCUGCCCAGGUAGUUAGAACUAACUCGGAGAAUGAAUUGAAGAAGUUGAAGGAGGCUGCUGACAUUUGGGAAAGCAAGCUGCAAGAGGCACACUCGAGCAUAAAGUCCUUGGAAGAUGCACUUUCAAAGGCAGAGAAUGAUAUCUCUGAACUGGACAGUGCAAAGAAAGCUGCUGAACAGGAAAUAUCAACAUUAAGUGCCAAACUUAAUACCUGUUUGGAGGAGUUGGCUGGAACUCAUGGUAGCUUGGAGAGCAGGUCCUUAGAGCUCUUUGAUCACCUUAAAGGACUUGAACAACUUGGGGAAGACGAGUCUUUACUCUCUUCACUGAGAAAAUGUUGUGAGUCAAAAUUUGAGAGUCUCGAAGAGAUGGAAAGCUUGUUCAAUAACAUCAGGAGUUGUCGUGCUAAGUUGAUUCCAGAACAUGAUUCUGUCUCAGAGGAACCAUCUUGCCUAACAAAGUUACUUUCAGCCAGCCUUGAUGACAUCGUUGGUUUGGAUAAUAUUAGUGGUCAUGCAGAUGCCUUAGAGGGUAGUGAUAUUUCUUUAUAUGUUCAGAAAAUAGUGGAAGGCUUUCAUAUGAGAAAGAGGAUCUUCACUGAGAAAGUUGAUGGUUUAUCUUCCUUUCUGAGUGAGUGUGAUGCUUCGGUUGUGCGAGAAUUACAGUCUACAAGCAAAGUGAUAACAUCUAUGGUUGAGGAGCAGCAGUUUCUGGACCAGAAGGUGAAGAGUAUGGAAACAGAUUAUCAGGUUCUGGAGGAUAAAGUGACCCCUCUGGAAGACAGAAUUUCAGUUUUACUGUCUGCUUGUACUGAAGCUACAGAAGUGUUGCAAUCUGAAGUUAACAAACAGAUGGCAGAAAGUACUUCAUCUCUCGACCAUGAAGUGGAAAAUGAACCAAAGUAUAGUGAAAACAAGCACGUGACAGCUACCGAGAUGUUGUUACUGGCUACAACAAAAGCUUGUGGUGUGUGCAAGCAGUUGGAGAAUUCAAGGAGCGAGCUUUCCUCACAAGUUGAGGAAUUGCAGAAUAGUCUGAACGAACUGAAAAUAGUUGCAGACAAGAGUGUGGAGGAACGGGAUCAAUGCAAUAUGAAGGUCUGUGAUUUGGAGACUGAAUUAGCAGAACUACAAAACAUAUGCAGCGAGCUAAGACUUAAGCUGGAAAAUUAUCAUGAAAUAGAGGCUAACUUGAGGGAGAAAGAUGUUGAGAUAUCGUCACUGCAGAGCAGUUUGACAAUGAAAGAGAAAGAGGUAGAAGAGGCACUUUUUUGGGCAUCUCAUGUGGAAAACCUCCUGAGCAGAUCAAAUAAGAUUGAUGUUUCAGUGGAAGAUUCUCAGGGCGGAGACUUGGAGGGUCAGGGUUCAUCCCAAUUCAAGAAGCUGCUGUAUGUUGUUGAUAGUUUUCCUGAGUUGCAGCAUCAAAUUGAAUUGCUUUCCAACGAAAAAGAAGAGCUGCAUACUGCUCUUGCUGAUCAAAGUGAAUUUCUUUCCGACCAAAAAGAAAAGCUGCAGACUUAUCUUACAUAUCAAAUUCAAUUGCUUUCCCACGAAAAAGAAGAGCUGCAGACUGCUCUUACAGAUCAAUCUCAUGAAAUUGAACAUCUGAAGGAAAGAGUUCAAGAAAGUCUUGGCCAUGAGCAAGAAUUGGCUGUGGUGAGGAGAAAAAUUAUCAACAUGGAAUCUGGGCUUGAUGGACUUAUUCAAAAGUUCUCAAAUCGAGAUAUGACCGGGGACCAGAAAUCUGUUUCUACAGAUGAUUAUUUACAAGUAAUAGAAAAGCAGGUAGUGUCUGCAAUCUCAGAAUCUGAAAAUUUAAAAUCCAAGGUCCAUGAACUUGAACUAGAGGUCAAAAAGAGCAUCAAUUCUAAUCAAGAAUUAGCAAAGUUUAAAGAACAAUUACUUGAUCUGGAGGCAGGUGUGCAAAGAAUUAUCAAGAAUUUGGGAGGUGAUACAACUAAAGACUCAAGUGAUAGUUUACAAGUUUUGGAGAAAAUGAUUAUGGCAGUGACUUUGGAGUGUGAAAAGUUAAAAUCAAAAGACCAUGAACUUGGCUCAGAGAUCUGGAAGCACAGUGAUGAGCUAGAGUUAGCGGAGGUUAAAGGUCAAUUAGUUGAUUUUGAAUCAGGUUUGCAGAGGUUCAUCGAGAAGUUGAGAGGUGAUGCAAUUGUGGACCAGGGGCCAACUGAUCCAAGGGAUAUUCUACAAUUGUUAGAAAAGAGGGUCAUGUCUAUAAUCAUGGAUUCUGAAAAUUCAAAAUCAAAAGUCCAUGAACUUGAUUCAAAGUUGCAUGGAAGUCAGAAGGCUGUGGAUGAGUUAUUAUUAAAGGUGAAAGCACUUGAAGAUUCACUUCAGUCUAGGGUUGUUCCCCCUAGUGCAAUCCAGGAAAGGAGCAUUUUUGAAACAGCUACACAACCCUCGGCAUCUGAGAUUUCUGAAAUUGAAGAUGUGGGCACCGUAUCAAAAGCUACAAUUUCUCCUGUUCCAUCUUCUACUCAUGUAAGAACGUUGCGGAAGGGGUCAAGUGAUCAUAUUGCUGUAAAUAUUGAUUCCGAAUCAAGCCGGCUGUUUGAUAAUGAAGAUCUAGUUGAGGAUAAAGGUCAUAUCUUUAAGUCUCUAAAUACAUCAGGUCUUGUUCCAAUACAAGGAAAGAUGUUGGCUGAUCGAAUGGAUGGAAUAUGGGUAUCUGGUGGUAGAUUGUUGAUGAGUCGGCCUCGAGCACGACUUGGGCUUGUUGCGUAUUGGCUCUUCUUGCACAUAUGGUUACUGGGUACCAUAUUGUAAUAAACUAUGGUUGUAGCCUUGUAGGGAUAGAUUUCUAGACCACACGCAACAGUAACAAUAUUCAUACUUUAGAAUUGUUUUUCUUUUUUGACAGGAAUACUUUAGAAUGUGUAUUAGAAAUAGUGAAAUCUACCAAAUUAUUUGAUUAUUUUGGCAGAUGUUAAUAGCCAUAUAGAAGUAAUAUUCAUUGAUUCA